GCAUUAACCAAUUCGUAUCCAAUAAAAAGAUACAGGUUGUACAGUAAUGAAACUUACUCCUGCACGCUUUUCUUAUACCCUAAGCUAGCGCGCACAUUCCCACCAUUUUACUGCGCGUUCAAUCCACAGUGGAUUCUCGCUAACGGACAACUUCUUACAACACAACUUACACAGAUUCUAGAGAUGAUCCGCUAGAGGGAAACGCACCUCACGCAACACUAGCAAGCCUAUGCAAUAGUUCUUUCAGUUACAUUCUCAUUGUUUAUUGAAAAAUGGAAGAUAAUCAUACACCUGUAAUUAAUCCUUGGGAUACAUUAUCUACAGUUACUAAAUUUGACAGAGGUAAAGACACAAAUACUACAGUAUGCAUGAAUAAUGAUGGAAGUCAAACUAAAGGACAAGUUGUAAGCAUAGUUACACCGUCUAUCAGUCUUUUGAUCGAAUCUCUUAUACAACAACUUUGUACAUUGUUCGAAGAUGAUAUCGUUCGCCGAAAUAAAUUAUAUUUUGCAAUUUGUGAUAGACUUCAUGAAAUGAAGUUAAUCGAUGGUUCAUAUAAUAUGAUGGAAUUUGAAUCAUUAAGGGGACAAUAUCAGCAUGCAUUGUAUCAUUUAGUUAGAGUUGCACGUGCAGCGACUGGUUCCGAAAAUAUAAUACAAAUGCCUAGUUCAUUAACAACAGAAUGGUCCCGAUACCAUAGAGAAUUUCAAGAAAUAAGUUUUAUUGCAUCUGGUGGAUUUGGUCACGUAUUUAAAGCUUUACAUCGCUUGGAUGGUACUGAAUAUGCAGUUAAGAAGAUAAUAGUAAGAUCUGGUCGAGUUAAAAGUAUUAUACAACAUCUGGAAGAAGUAAAAACACUUGCCAAAUUGAAUCAUACUAAUAUAAUUUCGUACAAAGGUGCUUGGAUAGAACCAACAUUACCAUCAAUUUGUACUAAGAUUAUACCAAGUUUACCAUCAUCUAAUUAUUCUGAAAAUAAAAUAAGUAGUGUAGGUCAUAAGAAAAAAAAUAGGUAUAAAUCUUGUACAAAACAAAGUUUUGGUGUACAGAAUGAAUUUCACUAUGCUAGUAGUGACAACAGUCAGAGUCCUUCGGACAGCGGUGAACAGGAUAUGCUGUUACAAUAUAAUAAAAAAAUAAAUUAUAAAUCUGGUAUGUAUACUCAUGCCAAUUGUACAGAGAAAGAAUCAGUAAGGAUACAAAAUUCAGUAACUAGUUAUGAUGUUAUUAACAAAAGAUUUGAUCAACUAAAUACUCCAAUUAAUACCAUAGGGCAACGGAUAGUCGAAGAAAAUAUUGAAAGAACUACUUCAAAUAGUAUUUCUUUUAGAAAUGAUAGCAAGAAUUUAGAUGAUAAGAUGGAAAAUAACACAAAUUAUACAGAUGGUACUGAUUCGUGUGAAGGAUCAAAUAGCAAUAAUAAGCUUUGUCCAUACAUUCCUCAAACGAAUGAACAGUGUGUAACGUUAUAUAUUCAAAUGGCACUUUGCGAAAAGACACUUCAACAAUGGCUAAGUGAAAGGAAUGAGCAAACUUCACAAACAAUGAUCAUUGGAAUGUUAACUCAAAUUCUUUGUGGUUUGAAUUACAUACAUUCCCGCGGAAUUGUGCAUCACGACAUAAAGCCAAGCAAUAUAUUUGUUUCAAUGUCUGGUAGCAUUCAUAUACAAUUAGGUGAUUUUGGACUAGCUUGUCCACUACAAAGAGAAAAUCAUCGUUCUAUUUUAGGUACACAAAUGUAUGCUGCACCAGAACAACUGGAAGGAAAAUGUGAUCCAAAAAGUGAUAUAUAUAGUCUGGGAAUAGUACUUCUAGAAUUGUUAGUACAUACAAAAACUCAUAUGGAGCGAGUAGAAAUAAUUACUAGCGUAAAAAGAGGUCACAUACCAACAAUGCUAACAGCUACCUAUCCUAAAUGGGCACAUAUAGUAAGUCAAUUAGUACAAGCAGACCCUGAGAAACGACCAUCGACAAGUCAGUUGUUACAAGAUUUAAACGAAGAUAAGGAUAUGACGAUAGCUCAAUUAAAAAGUACAAUUGUGAUAAAAAACAAUAAAAUACAAGCAUUAGAAGAUAGAAUAUCAAGGUUAAAAGCACUGAUUACAAAACACAAUAUAACAAUAGAUGAUAUGUAAGAUAUUAAAUUAAUUUAAUUCAAA